AAUUCAGAGCCAGGAGAAAUAAUAACAGUCUUGGUGAACAUUUGUACCCCCUGCCAUAUUGUCCUGAACCACACGUCUCAGCAGAGCCAUGGCUGCACAGCAACAGCACAUUCUGCUCCAGGGUUUGUCACUGAUGCUACUGGGUUCUGCAGUGCACAUGUACAGUGUGAGUAUUCAGCCAGAGCAGGAUCUGUGGGUGGAGCUGGGGUCUGCUUUCAACCUCACCUGCAGCACAGACUGCCCUGGAGGAAAGGCCGCCUGGGAGUUUAUGGACAACAGUGAUUUUAACGCAACUAGAAUCCAGCAAGGCAGCGUACUGUCUGUUUCAUCGGCCCGAGGGCAUCAUGCUGAAACUUAUCGUUGUAAACUGUCCAGCCCAAAUGAAUGUGGCAAGACGCCAAGGCCUAAAAGAAAGGUCACUGUUUACUCUUUUCCUGACCCUGAGUUGACAGUGGAGCCUCCACGUCCCGUAUUGGGCCAAUCUGUCCAGAUCACCUGCAUCGUCAACGCUGUUUAUUGUAGUGAUGGAUGCUCUCUGGACAUGACGCUCUUUCGGGAGUCGGACAAGUUGGCUGAGCGAAUGCAAGAGGACUGUGAACAAUUCACACAUUGCAACUUCAACUUGUCAGCUACAGAUCAAAGCUCAGAAGAGAAGGUUCACUACAGAUGUUUGGUAGCGCUUACGGAUAGACCGACUCACAGCAAAUCAGCAAAUGCAACAGUACAAUUUCAAGACACCAGAGCACUGGAGACCCAGCAGAGCUCUACAUCUACUAUGAGUUCAACUAGUAGCGCUACAACACCAUUAAACACAGUGACUGAACAAACAGUGGAGUCCCGGCACUCCACAUAUACUAUGGCUUCGACCAACAGCAGCACAACACCACUGGAUACAACUGCUGACAAAAACAUGAGAGCAGUGGAUUCCCGGCAGGACUCUAAACCUACUGUGGAGUUGACAAGUAGCACUACACCACCAGUGGACACAGUGACUGAUAGUAAAUCUACAAAGCUUGUAGACUCAGAAAUCAACCCCAAUGCCAUCGAAAGUCAUGUAAUUAAAACGGGUUCUUCACUGCCUAAAGACUCAGAAAUAAACUCCAAUGCCAUCGAAAGCCAUGCAAUUAAAACUGGUUUCACAACAGAGACGGACGUCUCUGAGGAAAACUCCAACGCUGUUGAAAGUAAUGCAAUGAAAGCAAGAGAAAAUAUCACCACAUUAAACGCGUCGAUUCUGGGCAGUGCUGGUGCUCUUCUGCUUGCUAUUUUGGGAGCAGCGGCCUACUCGUGCAAGUAUGGAAUGAAAUUACCACGCUUUCUGGGAAGGUCCCAAAGAGAGGAAGAGACAGAUGAAACAAAGCUGUGAAGCUGGCGGUCAAAGAUUCAUAUUGCAAAGAUGAUAAUCACUCAUAACAUUCAUGUGAAAAUGUGCUAACAAUCUCAAGUCCUGUUCCUCAAUUUCAGUAAAUGAAUAAAAUGAGCUCUGAGUUUGGCCUUAUGACAGUCAACUUCUGAUGCGACUUACUGUAUAUUAACCUGUAUAAUUUGUCUUCACUAUUUUUUAUUUUUUUUUGAAAAAAUAUUAUAUCAAAAAUAAAAUGUAUAUUUUAUGUUUCCAAUUUGUCAGUUUUUGUUUUGGCAGGUAUACUGUAGGCUAUGUCAACUGACCAAAUAAGGCAAUCAACAUAAAUAUAAAUAAAUUAAAUUGUAAAUCAUAUCAAUACCAAGGCAAAGAAUAUGAAGGUGUAAACCCUGUGGCCUUUACAUCUAAAUAUGAAGAUGUAAACCCCUUGGCCUUUACAUCUAAAUAUGAAGAUGUAAACCCCUUGGCCUUUACAUCGAAAUAUGAAGAUGUAAACCCCUUGGCCUUUACAUCGAAAUAUGAAGAUGUAAACCCCUUGGCCUUUACAUCGAAAUAUGAAGAUGUAAACCCCUUGGCCUUUACAUCUAAAUAUAAAGAUGUAAACCCCUUGGCCUUUACAUCUGAAUAUGAAGAUGUAAACCCCUUGGCCUUUACAUCUAAAUAUGAAGAUGUAAACCCCUUGGCCUUUACAUCUGAAUAUGAAGAUGUAAACCCCUUGACCUUUACAUCUGAAUAUGAAGAUGUAAACCCCUU